GGGACAAUAACAGGUUAUAUAGUCACGAAAUGAGGGAAUAAACUCUUCAUGUUUAGUCCCCCUACAAUUCCAUGCAAAAAAUUUUAACAUCAUAAAAACGAUAUAAGGAGAGAGGGCAUCUCUGAUUAGGCCGAAGUGUCCAUCAUCCCGAAGGGCACCAAGAUGGAUGGACUCACGACAUUUGUGAUCGGUUGGGGAGAUUUCUUUAGGGUGACAUUAGCUGCUACCUCAGAAGAAGGUGGCGAGGCGCUUAAUUAUGAGGCACCAAAAGCUCUCGAGGGUAAUUGGCCAUGUUGCAAGAUAGUUAAGGAUGGCUGUUCUGCGAGGGGUGCGAAUCAUAGAGGAGGAACAUAUCUGAAUUGCCUCUGCCAUGUCUCCUCGAACACUUGUGGGAAUUUUGUAUCUGUGGAGAUACGAGAUGCUGCUUUGCGAGGGCGACCGGGUUUCUUCUCGGGGCCUGUGGAUGCCUGCGGAUCCAAAGCACAUGUGGAAGCCGACGGAGGAGCUUGGUGGACUUCGGGCUUCUAGGUCACUGCCAUCAAUAAUGGGGAUGAUUGCCAGUUUCUGGAGGUCCUACUAUUAGUUUUCUUCCCCUUCUUAUCUUUGAGAGGGGGAUUUGCAUAGAAUGAACGAUUGUCGGAGUGAGCACUGCUACAGUGGAAGGGGGUGAGGGAUUUAGGGCUAGCAUCCUCCGGUUCUUGGUGAGAGAGAAAGACAAAUCAAGAGCCCGAUGAGGGUGAUGGACGAGUCUUGACCGGUGGCACAGUCGUCUGUUACGGCUGUCUCCGACGAUCCCGGUGGCCCCCUUUCAUCCAAAUGCCAAUAUCAUCCAUUUGUUUCGGGAUCAGAUCAAUUGUUGAAGUGGAAGUAUCCUCGAUGUCCACAGUCGAGGUCUUACUUGUGCAUGAGGCUUCAACAUGGCCAUACAAGCCACAAUGCAUGCGCAUGUUCUACAAACUCUCGUAACCGAUUUGAAACUCAUUUCCAUCCAGUUCAUACUUACCCAACAUGGGUUGCGAGAGAUCCAAUUCAACACAUGCACGAGCAAAGCAGGUGCGUUCCCCGGAUGCAGUUGCCACAUAAACCCGGAUGGGUUUACUGACGUAACCAGCGAUAUGCGUGAUAGCCAUUUGAUUGAAAUAGUGCAACGGUGAUUCCGGAAGAUGUAUCCACGAGAGAAGUUUUUUCAGUGGUGCGUGUACAUCAAAAUAUGGUGUCGAGUACAUGACUCCUAUAUAAAAAUCAAAAAUCUUCCAGGGCCCACCAUAAACAGCCAGAAGGUAAUCUUCCUUGUUAGAAAAUCGAACGGCAUAGUAGUGGUUUUUCAUGUCCGAGACUUGUAUGGUCCCCUGAAUCGCCCACAGUGUCUCAAGCCACUUCUUGAUAGCUAAGACCGAAAAAUUCUGUUCAAAAAUCGUGACCACCAAAGCUUUGGACCAAGGUUUGAACAGAGAACACAUCUCUUCCGUUGAAAAGGAAACAUGGGGGUCGGGCACUUGCAGUUGGAUUCCCUUGGAGGAGCUAGUGUAGCCAGAAUCGGGAAGGCAACAACUUCCUCAUUCUGAUGCAAAGUUCCAGGUAGGCUGGUUAUAGACCGCCUCUCGGAAUGAUUUGGGCAAAGGAAUUUCUGUACUGGUCGAUCGAUUGUUGUCAUGUGUGGAAUUCUAAUGCACGUCGAUGUCCAUCAGAGGGAACUGUGGUCUCUUUGAGGAGCUGGGACUGGAAUCAACAGCGGAUUCUGGGAGAAAUCAAAUAGGCUGGCCGGCAGGUCAUCUCUAGGGAUUACCUCUGACAUAGCACUGUAAUUCGCUAUUCAAAUCGCAACCUGGUCAUCUUCUCUGCGUGCACUUUGGUAGGACGGAGCUAGAUCGAUUUGUAACCUUGAACUUGAA